AUUCCUCUGAAAGAAUUUAGAAGGAUGGCCGAAUAUCUGAUUUUGGAAGUUUCAGACAAGCUUCUUCAGCACUUGGACAAUGUCCAGGAGGGAAAGUCAGGCGAGGAGCUGAUGAACGAGUUGAACGCGAUUCCAGAGGACAGAGAGCGCGUCGAAUCCGUCAAAGCCAUCCUCAGGAAUUUCCAACUUCCUGAGCUGAAGGUGCAGAAUAAGAAGAUUCCGGAAUGCGUCGAGACCGAGUACUUGGAAAGUGCAAGAAUUUCCAUGCUCACUCACGACUUGGAAUUCGCUUUGGCGAAAGUGAACAAAGGUCUGGCCCACAUCCCAAGCGACCAGGAAGGCCUCAGGGCCAAGGCCCUGACCGUCAGGUCGGAAAUCCUGUUGCGAAUGCGUCAGUUCAACGCCUGUGCCAGCGACGUGCAUGCUGCUUUGGCCUGCACAUUGGACCCUGAGUCACAAAUCAAGCUGAAGAACAAGCUCGAUCUGUGCCUCAAAUACAUGGCCAAAGCGGCGCAGCCAACCAAGCAGGAGGCUGACUCUGGAGACACUGAGCGCGAAAUUUGCGAACUGGCGGCCAGAAUGACGGUCACUGACUGCGGCAAACUGGCCGUAAGCACCGCUAAUCCGCUCGUUCCGUGCGUCAGCGAUGCUCUGAAGCUGGAGGUCGACUCGGAGAACAAGAUCCACCGCUUCGUGGCCACCAGAGAGAUCAAGGCAGGCGAAAUUCUCAUAUCUGAGGAGCCACUGGUCUCGUUCCUCAACCCUGAUCAGCUGGACAGAUGCUGCUCCUGCAUGCAUCACGCCUUAAACCUCAUUCCGUGCGACACGUGCCAAUGGGAGGUGUACUGCAGCGAAAAGUGCAAGGCUGAAGCCAAGGAUUUGCACUCCAAAGAGUGCGCCCUGAUGCCAGCUCUGCAAUCGGCCGGCGUCCAGUUCAACAUGCUCAACUUGAUGAAACUAAAGCUGGCUCACGACAUCACCAAGUGCCAGAGGGACGACCAACUCGGCUACACGAAGCCGCUGCUCUCGAGCGACCCAAAUUCGCUUUUCCUGCAACGUCCUAUCCUGUCUGAAAACAAGGCCAUGCUGACAAUGUUCUUCACUCUGUGGGCCAGGAUACUCGGCUACGAGGAGCAGUCACCAGAUUUCGACCAGCUGGUGCUUUCCCUGGGUGAACUCGUGACGAGGUUGUCUGCUGCGACGUUCAGCAUCGACCAAGUGGUUCCCUUUGGCGGCUACCUGGGCGAAGACUCAAACAGUGCAGUCGGACUUGGGGUCUACCCUGUCACGGCUCUGGUGAGCCACGCCUGCUCGCCAAACACCACCACCUUCAGCCUUGGUCGACGCUUGAUCAUGCAGGCGACUCGUCUGAUCACUGCUGGCAGUCUGGUAACCCAGUGCCUCUACCCUGAAGUUGACUUCCUGAAAAUAGGUCGGGCCCUGCGCCAGAGCCUCCUCCAGGAUGCCUGUUUCCAGUCUGGAGGGCUCGAGUGCAAGUGCGAGGCUUGCGAACAGAACUGGGACACGCUGGACAAGCUGGACAGCUGCGACCCCCAAGACCAGGAGGUGGCCAUGCUCGUCGAGGCGCCCCUGACCACCGACCUGCUGCCUUACGCCUUCCUCAAGGCCGAGGAGAUGGAAAUGCGCAAGGAGACGCACACCAAAGAAUUCCACAUGCUGCAGGAACGCAUCAGAAUGGCCGUCGCCAAACAGGGCAACGUGAGCAAUAUCAAGCCUAAACACGCCCUGGUCGCUCUUGAUGAGAUCUUCGUGGAGUAGGCCCUGGUUCAUUGCAUUAAUAAAAAGUUGUUCGUGUUAAAGCUGAAA